AUGGUUACCAAGAUGAACAAGCCAUGGGUGCCGCUGCUGCUCAUCUCCCCGUGUCGCCCGCCGCCGAAUCUCUUCCACUGCAGCCGAUUGGUCCGCAACCAGGGGUCCGUGUGGCUCUUCAACAUGUCCGCUGCUGACGUGGCACCGAAAAUACAGCCGCUCGGGUCUUGCGGCAUGGCUCAACCAACCAGACAAGACCCGCCCGCUGUGGGCUCAGUGGCGUACGCCACCGUUCUGCACACCUCCGAAUUCUACGUGUGCGGCGCGAUCGUGCUGGGGCACAGCAUUCGGCGCAGCGGCAGCCGCCACGACAAGGUGGCGCUGGUGUCGCGCGAAAUCAGCAACCGCAGCCGCGACGCGCUCGGGGAGGCCGGGUGGAUCGUCAAGGAGAUUGAGCGGAUCCGAAACCCGUUUGCGCAGGAGAACACCUAUAACGAGUGGAACUACAGCAAGCUGCGGCUGUGGCAGCUUGUGGAGUACUCGUCAGUGGUGCUCGUGGACGCGAAUCUGCUGGUGCUGCGCCUCGCUUACCUCCCCUCCUCCCUUACCUCCCCCCUUUCCCUCCCCCCAUACCUCCAGCAAGCUGCGGCUGUGGCAGCUUGUGGACAAGCUGCGGCUGUGGCAGCUGACAGAGUACCAAUACCUCUCCUUUCUCUCCUUUCUCUCCUUUCUCUCCUUUCUCUCCCCCUCCCCACGCCCCAUGACUCCAGCAAGCUGCGGCUGUGGCAGCUGGUGGAGUACUCGUCGGUCAUAUUCGUGGACGCGGAUCUGCUGGUGCUGCGCAAUCUCGAUCAUCUCUUCGCCUUCCCCGACGUGGCGGCACGAGGCAACGAUAAGACGGACUUCAACUCGGGCCUCAUGCUGCUGCGCCCCUCCCUCUGCACCUUCCGCGAGCUCCUCGCCAACGUGCACACCAUCCGCUCGCCCAACGGUGGUGAUCAGGGCUAUCUCAACAACUACUUUACCUGGUGGCAUCGCCUGCCCGACUCGGUCAACAUCCUGAAGCACGUCUGGGCAACAGAUGAGCCCCGCAGAUCUCGCGAGCUAGAAAUGAAGAACCGGUGGUUCUCGGAGGAACCAGCUGAAAUCCACACCAUUCACUACCUCGGCCGCAAGCCCUGGCAGUGCUAUCGCGACUUUGACUGCACGUGGCUGUACCCAUAUGACCACGCAUACGCUAAUGAGGCGGCGCACCAGAGGUGGUGGAAGAUCCAUGAUGAGAUGUCAGAGGGUCUGCAGGAGCACUGCUGGCUGUGGAACAUUCACAAGGCGGAGAUUGAGUUCCGCAUGAGGAAGUUGAAGAGUCAGAAUGUGCCGGCGGCAUUUUGGGAUUUUGAGGUGAAGGACCCGAGGCGGGAGGCGUGCAUGCCCGGGCAGAUCUCAUGUGACUGGAUGGACUAUCUGAACCACUGGAAGGACGUGGAUACUGCCCCCACCCCAUCCUCCCUCCAGAGUUUGUAA